CCAACAGACAGUCGCUUGCUGGAACGCGACCGGCUGUGUCGUUGCAGUUUUUGUUCUGUUUACGAGUUUAUAGAACUUUGCCGUAACUAUGUGGGGGCGCUCAUACUAAAAUAGCGACACUGCUAAAGUAUCGGGUGUGUUUAGUCAACCUAAGACAGCCAGUUUAAGAUAGUAGUCGCUGUAGUUAGCUGUAGCUAACGCUGGUUCUUGGCUACACGUGGUGACGUUGGGUGUUUACUUGCAGUGUUUAACCUGAAUAAUUAAGUUAAAACAGGCGAAGACAAACAACAAGAGAGGAAAACUUUGAAGAUGCCUCCAUUCAACAAGAGAAAUGGCAUUCCGGACAGGUGGUUGGAUUAUAAAGCUGUGGGGAAGCGACUUCCUGGCACUCGCUUCAUUGCCUUCAAAGUGCCACUGAAAUAUUCAUUAAAUUGUCGGCUUCCAUGCUCUGAUGUCUUUGGGCCUUGGGAACUUCUGGACAUAUUGAAUAAAGAAAACCAAGAACUUGGUUUGAUCAUUGACCUGACAUUCACCACACGUUACUACAAAGUACAGGAUGUACCAGAGUCGCUGCUGUGUGUGAAGAUCUUCACAGCUGGUCAUGAGGUUCCCAGUGAUGCUACCAUUCUGAGCUUUAAACGUGCUGUACGCAGGUUCCUACGAGACAAUUCUGAUAAUGAUAAACUGAUAGGAGUCCACUGUACCCACGGCCUGAAUCGCACCGGGUAUCUGAUCUGUAGGUAUCUGAUAGAUGUUGAUGGGAUGGAUCCAAAAGAGGCUGUUGAGUUGUUCAACUCAGCAAGAGGACAUGCAAUGGAAAGAGAAAACUACCUUGAGGACCUUCAAAGUGGGCCUAAGAGGAGUAAUGAAGGAAUAGAGGAGUCAGAGCAGGAGCCAGUGAGAGGUUGUGCUGAACAACGACCAUCAUACACUGAAUCAGAUUUGGACAGCAGAGAGAAGUGGCAACCAUAUAGUCACCAGUCCUCCAACCACAGAAAUUCCGAUCCAAGAGGAAUGGACCACCGCUCACAUCACCGACCUCCAUAUGAUGCACCCCGCCACAGUCGACCUUUGCUCCCUCUACCUCCUCCACCCCCUCUUCGUCCACCCACAAGCGCUCCCCUCCCCCUGUACCAAUGGACUCCACCUCAUCCUGGCAAUGAGUGGAGGAGCCCUCCCCACAGAGAGGACAGAGGGUCCAGAUACCCCCCACCACAUCUUGAGAGGGGCCCUUUACCACCCCACACCCAGGAACAUUGGAGGAGAGGCCCUCAGCCCCCUGCGCCUCAUCGUCACGCCCUCCCACGCCACCAUGCACAUUGGACUGAUGAGUCUUACGGCAGUGAUGGACCCGGGAGGUGGGAAAGGCCCAAAAUGAGACCCCCCCACAGAUACAACCUCAGAGUGAACCCAUACGAUAGUUACCCAGGUUAACAAAUGUUCCUUGUGUGUAAUAAAAGUGGAAUCCAGUAAGCACUGAGAACAUUCUACAGGUCUAUAGACAAGCUUGCUCUUUAACAGAAGGCCAUGAGGUGUUUGAGUUUAAUAUAUGUAGCGGUGAAUAAUGUUCCCACCAGUUGAGGGUUUACAUGACAUACUUGCUGUUCUGCUAUAUACGUAUUUAAAGGAUCAAUUCCAUAAAGUUACAAUCCUGUUUUCCGCAGAUCUGUUGUAUUUAGUAAUUCCUUGUGUAUAAUAUUUCUCCGAGGUGUAAGGACAAUGCUUUUGGGAAUUUUACCUAGAAAAGUGAUGAGUGGGUGCAAGUACAUUAAAGUAAGUUAUGGUGGAUGGAGUGAAUAUUCUGUCAUUUAUAUCAGGGGUUCCCAAAGUGGGGGUCACGAGAUGAUUUUCAGAAACCUCUUGAUGUGAUCCCUGAGAUAGUUUCAACUGGUUAAAGGUAGUACUGUUGCACCUGUACUUUAAAGGAAGGGUUUUGCUGUUUUGUGUAAAGAAUUAUGCACAUGCUCCAAACCAUCCGACAUGCGCAACCGCAUUUUUUUUGGAUGUAAAGUUUACAUCCAAAAAAAAUGCGGUUGACAGGUUUCACUACUGGUAGUGAAACCUGUCAUACUGAUUUUACCCCAUUUAUUUAUCAUAAGUAGGAUUGUAGGAAUAAGUAGGUCAGAAACUGGUCGACACCCCCACCCCUGAUGACUCACCGCCACAACUUUUUUAUGUUUCAGUCACUUCGUUGAUAGAAGGGGUCACCAGGCUCUGGCACCGGUGUUUUGGGGGCUGCGAGUUUAAAAGCUUGGGAACCCCUGACUUAUUCAGUCUCAAACACAACCAAGAAGAACUACCAAGAAGAACGAUGACCUGGAAAAAUCAGAACCUACACAGAUCUCAAACACAAGUAAAACAUAGACCCUGGCAGUUUAUGUUGUGCCUACAAAAAGAAUGGAAAUCUGUUUUACUUUUUCACUAUUUGGUGACCUUAACCACUAAAAGUAUGUCACUCAUUUGAGCUGUUAAUGUGCCUUGUUCAUUGAUUUUUCAAUUAUUGAAAAUAUCCACUCUGCCAUAAGAGGAAGUAUAUAACUUUCUGUGAAGUUUUUACUUGGAGGUAUUUUUGUACACAUUUUACUUUGAUUUUAGUGUAAUACAUUUGAACCUGGCUUCUGUGCUGUUCUUGUUCAGUCCUCUG